GGCUCCGCCGGAUGUGUUCGUGUGCGUUGGUUCCUCCUUGUCGGCGCUAGCAGGAAAAGGCGCAGCUAGUAAACAGCAGAGAAAAGCCACUCGGUGGGUUUUAAAGCAGUAAAACACCGAGCCACCGGAGCUCCAGAGUGACUGUGAGGCUGCUUGGCUCUGUGGCUCUCCCUGUUACCGUCUGCGGGUGUCUCAGCGGCUGUCAGCGGCAGAGAAAGCGGAGCGUCGGGCCGGGCAGCCAGUUAGCAGCUAACCGAGCAGCAGAGCAGCUGAAGCGGACGGAGCGCAGAGAUGAUCGCGCUGAUCAACAAACUCCUGGACUGGUUCAAGGCUCUGUUCUGGAAGGAGGAGAUGGAGCUGACCCUGGUGGGGUUGCAGUACUCCGGGAAGACCACCUUUGUGAAUGUAAUAGCGUCGGGUCAGUUCAGCGAAGACAUGAUUCCUACGGUGGGCUUCAACAUGAGGAAGAUCACCAAGGGCAACGUCACCAUCAAGCUGUGGGACAUCGGUGGCCAGCCUCGCUUCAGGAGCAUGUGGGAGCGCUACUGCCGGGGCGUCAGCGCCAUCGUCUACAUGGUGGACGCAGCCGAUCCAGAGAAGAUCGAAGCCUCCAAGAACGAACUGCACAACCUGCUGGACAAGCCGCAGCUGCAGGGGAUUCCUGUUCUGGUUCUGGGCAACAAGCGGGACCUGCCAGGCGCUCUGGAUGAGAAGGAGCUCAUAGAGAGGAUGAACCUGUCGGCCAUCCAGGACAGAGAGAUCUGCUGCUACUCCAUUUCCUGCAAGGAGAAAGACAACAUUGACAUCACCCUGCAGUGGCUGAUCCAACACUCCAGGACCAAGAGGAGUUCCUGAGGGACGACCCGACCCGAACGGGCCACGCCCACCAGCCCUGACCCUGCCCCUCCCCUCCCUCCUCCCUCCUGUCUCCUCAUGACCUCACCCUCAGCUCCAGGUGACCCCUGCCCUCCAACAGUUCAUGUUGAGGCUGCUGGUUCUACUCCAGGAAAGUCUUUUAAAAAACACUUUAAUCCAGAACCAACCUUUCCCAGUUUUUCAGCUUAAUCAGAACCAAAUGAAACUGAUGUUUGUC